AUGGCAAUGAAUUUCGCCGGUGAAACUAUCGAAGACAUUAUUCUCUCCGAGGACAAAAGGGGUGUGUCCGAACUGCGUCCCUUCGUUCCGGUUGAUUUCUGCGAACAGGCAGCCCAAUACCUGCUGGACCACCCGGGCCGGGUCGCGAUAAUCACCGGGUUCUACAUCCUGACCGCGGGCCAGCACGAGACCGACGGACCGCCCGGCGCUAUUGCCAUCGGCAACGCUCUGCAAGAACUUGGGCGAGAAGUAACUUAUAUCACCGACUACCACAGCGCUCCCAUGAUGAGUGAGUGGCUGGGAGAUCGGGCUGCGGUGGUCGACUUUCCAAUAGCCGGCGAUGAGGCAAGCCGGCAAGCGGCGAAGCAACUAAUAGACGACCUGCAUACUGACCUGCUCGUCACCAUCGAGAGGUGCGGUCGCAACGCCGGCGAUGUCUAUCUCAAUAUGCUUUCCCGCGAUAUUACCGAAUAUACCGCCCGGCUGGACUACCUUUUUGAGUUCGGCAUACCUUCGGUGGGCAUUGGCGACGGCGGCAACGAGAUAGGCAUGGGCAAUGUUGCGGAACACAUUCCGCCCGUUGACCGCCUGCCCGACGAGCCGGCCAUAACCGAGGUUGACCGGCUGGUCCUCGCCAGCGUCUCCAACUGGGGUGGCUAUGGACUGGUUGCCGCCCUGUCCCGCCUUGUGGGACGCAAUUUGCUGCCUUCAGUGGAGGAGGACACGCGCCUUAUCACCCAAAUGGUGAAUGACGGCGCCGUGGACGGUGGGUCCGGAAUUAACCGCUAUUACGUUGACAACUUCACUUUAGAAGAGAAUGGCGAACUGCUGGGCCUGCUUCAUGAAUUGGUGGACCGGGCAAUAGCCUAA